UACCACCCACGCUAAACAUUAAACAACAAUACUCUCUCUAAAAGACGUGCAUUCACGAAUAUACCACGUCCUUCUCAUGUCAUCACAUAACCAGCCAAACCUACUAUUUAGACCCACUUUCUUCAUUUCGACUCAACAGUCGAUCCCGUUCCUUAAUUUCGACUAAAAAGUCGACAACAAAUUGCAUGUCUUGAUUUCGACUCAACAGUCGGCAGCACCAUGUCGACCACAAUUGCAAGAUUUUAGAUCCAGUUUUCUUGAUUUCGAAUCAAAAUUCGACAACAAAUUGCAAAUCUUUAGAUCCAUUUCUUGAUUUCCACUAACCAGUCGACAACACCAUGUCGACAACCAUUGCAUGCAUUUAGACCCAUUUUCUUGAUUUCGACUAACAAUCGACAACAACGCUAUGUCGACGCUCACCUCACAAUCCUAUUCUCUCAUUGCAAUUCCUCAGCCCAGUCGACCUUGUGAUGAUCUUGAUGGAGUACGUCCCGUGUUCGAAUCUGAGGCCUGCCAUGUGGGCGGAUUCCAGAAGACGGUUGAGAGAAGAAAGAAAUUUGUGGGAGUGAGAAGAAGGCCUUCUGGAAGAUGGGUUGCUGAGAUCAAAGACACGGGGAAGAAGAUCAGACUGUGGCUCGGCACUUUCAAGACUGCAGAGGAAGCCGCCAUGGCGUAUGACGAAGCCGCUUGCUUGCUCAGGGGAUUCAAUACCAGAACCAAUUUUGCUGCCAAAGUUCCUGACUGUGAUUCUCCGGUGGCUUCCAGAAUAAGAAGAUUGCUUAGCCUGAAAAAGGAUUCCCCUGCUUCCAAAUCCAAAUGUAAAAUUGAAAAGCAGUCGAAAUCGAAUUCAAGAAAUUGUUUUUCUGGGUUAAGUGAGGAAGAAAUCCAAGGGCCGGCAGAGGAUUUGAAAUCCGAGUUGAUAUCUGAAUCUUAUUCUGUUUAUAGGACUCUUGUUAAUGAUUUUGACCAGAAUGGCGGUUGUUUUGAUGAAGGGGAAAAUGGGUCGACGAGUUUUAUAGGUCCGGCGGCCGAUUUGGGUUCGUGUGAUUUGCAGUUGCCUUCGACCAAUGAGAUUUUCUUGGCCGCCAUGGAUGAGCGUCUUCGAGAUCCAUAUGGAAGUUAUGUCGACGAAGGCAUGGGAUUUCGUCGAAUUGAGCGAAGAAUUUCUGCGUGUAAUGGCGUUCUGGAUCAAUCUGGAGAUUUUGAUUCAUUUAGUAGUUUGUUGAAUUCUUCUUCUGCAGUACCUUGGACAAAUUAUGGGGUGUGGAAUGUAAAAGAAAGUUUGGUCUCCUCGUACAAUGAGAAUUUGGAUGGUCAAAGGGUAUUUGAAGCGAUGUGGGAUGUUGCUCCUAUUUAAAGAACUUGAUUAAUGAGAUGUGGCUUAAUGUGACUCCAAACUAGGGUGGGGGGAAUUUUUUUUUUAAGCAAAUUUGCUCAUUAUU